ACUAUCAAAUUUAGAAGUAGCCAACAAGUAGCAAUUGUACAUUCUAUGCGUUCGAAUUCGCACCUUUUUGCGUCUGAUGUACUGAUAGAAAUCGUGGUGACUAGGGCCUUUCGUUGGCAAUUUUUGGCUCCGCUUCUUGGUAGACGCACCCGAUCGCGAUGGAAUCCCCGACUACCCUCACCGAAGAGAGAGCUGACGUGCCAGCAGCCAAUAUCGGGGCUGCUUUAGAACAGCCAGAUGAGGUCCCCCAUCUCAGCCCCGUCAUCCGGCAAGUUGACAUCAUAGAAGAGAAGACAUCCGGAGACGACAACGAGAGAUUUGUGAAGAUCGUUGUGAAAGAUUUCGAAGGGCAGGAGCGGGGAACGUUUUGUUCCGACCCUGAAGUCAUCCCCGUUUUUGGACCGGGUAAUAUUCCUGCUGCUUUCGUUACCAUACGAACUCGUGAUUUGGAUGGAAAUGAGCACGUGAUGGAAGAAUAUGACGGUAAGGUGAAGCUCAUUACGAACGUCGCAUCGCUAUCUAAGGACGCAAGGAAAACUUAUGACGAGCUACGGCAGAUUUAUGACAGGUUUUUACCACAAGGGUUCGAAAUACUGGCUUUCCCCUGCCAGCAAUACGUCCCGGAAGAGUACGUGCACACGGAAGACAUCAAGACGUUCCUCGCUGACCACAACGUGGGUUUCCCUGUUUUUGAGAUGACAGCAGUGAAUGGACCCGAGACUCACCCAGUCUUCCUUUACUGCAAGUGGAAUAGCGAUGAGUUCUACAGAGACGGACAACUCAAUAAUCUCACAGGGCACUUUGGGAAGUUUCUGCUUGAUCGAGAUAACAGGGUGUACAAGUUCUAUCCUCCGGACACAAACCCGCUUCGCCUAGUAGAGGACAUCAAGAAACUUUUAAACGGGGAACUCACAGGCAAGAUACGGGGUCCCGAUGGAAAGUUAUAUCAUCAACCUGGAACUGUUUCGCAGGAAAACCAGACAACAUGGUCAUAGAAUAGGAAACCGCCUACUAAACCUCACCGCAGAGAGGCGGAAGAUCUUCUUUUCUCCCAACCUACGUCCUAAGGGUGGUGCGAGCAACUUCGCACACAGUUCCAAAGAGAAGAGAAGCUGAAUGCUUUGUCCGUCCAAGCGCAACAUGAGGAGUACGUGAAUUUUCGCCAAAAACGAGUUCAGCAAGAAGUCGACUCUUCUGUUGCGGCGACUUAUGACUGUGAGUAUGUCUAUUCGUGCGUUUGCAUGUGGUGUAUCUGUUCUGACGAAGUCAGUCGUGAAUGGAGACAGGCGCCGUCCUUCUACGC